GGCGUGUGUCAGUUUCCCGCCAGCUGUAAGUCUUGCGCCGCCGUCAUGGCGGACAUAAUGGAGUUGCCGAGGCGGCGCGUCAACGCGAGCAUGCUAGCUCAGUUCAUCGACCGACCUGUAUGCUUCGUAGGGAGGCUGGAAAAGAUUCAUCCCACUGGAAAAAUGUUUAUUCUUUCAGAUGGAGAAGGGAAAAAUGGAACUGUUGAGUUGAUGGAGCCUCUUGAUGAAGAAAUCUCUGGAAUUGUGGAAGUAGUUGGAAGAGUGACAAACAAGGCAACUAUCAUGUGUGCAUCUUACAUCCAGUUUAAAGAAGAUAAUCAUCCUUUUGAUCUUGGACUCUACAAUGAAGCUGUGAAAAUUACCCAUGAGUUCCCUCAGUUUUUUCCUUUGGGGAUUGUGCAGUAGGAUUGACCUUGAUGAAUUUUUUAUGAUUGUGAAAGAUCUACAUUAAAGACUAUUAAAAGGAGGCUUCUGAUGUUUGAGGGAGAAAUCUUUGUGAUUUCUAAUAUUUAAUUUGUUCUUUUUAAAGUUCCAUUUACUUAACCAUAGAUACUCCAAUCCAGUCUUUGGUGAAACUGUUAUAUUGACAUUUCUCACCUAAGGAGUAAUCGUUCUCUUAUAAAGAAUCACUUUUCUAGUGUACAGAUUAGAUCCAGAGCAAAACAAUUGUCUGAAUUUAGUUUUGUGUUUUAUUAAUAAAAAUUAA